GUACGAGAGAGAACAAGAGAUUUAACGAGAGAGAAAAAGAGCGAGCGGGAGAGAGAGAGAGAGAGAGAGAGAGAGGAGUCGAGCUACGAGAGGCUUCAACGUCGACGAUCCCGUCAGAAGUUUCCGACACUUUGCGCGCGCGAGAAUGCGUUUGGAACUCGAGCGUAAAGAAAGCGACGCUCCCGGGGGCUGCGAGGGUGGAAUCCCCGCGGACGGACAGACGAUCCCCCACAAUACUCGCAAUUACACGAUUAACAACAACAACAACAAUAACAACAGCAACAACAACAACAAUAACAAUAAUAGCGAUCGUAACUCAAAUCACAGCCGAGGAUAUGGUGAAAGUGAAUCUCAUCGACGGGACCAAAACGAAUUAGCGAACGAGGGAAGCAACGACGACGCCAGUGCUCGAAGAUCGUUCUUCCUUCGUCAAGAAGAAGAUCCGACCCAACGAACAACGCUCACGAUGAAAGACACUGAAAUGCGAAUUAUCAAUGACAAAACACGGAUCAUCGAUCCCGAACAAAAUACGACCAUCAUUUUACCAAAGUCACAAGAAAAUGGCACCGCCCUUGAACCCAUGCUCGGAAAGACCAAAAUCUCAAAGAAUAAAAUCCAGGAAGGAAACAAAUUGUUUCAGUGUCUGUCAACGCUCAUCGCGGGACUGAUGGCGAUGCAGGCCGGGAUGACGUUGGGCUGGACAUCGCCGAUUCUGCCUUAUCUGAAGUCGGAAGAAUCGUUUUUGUUGCCGGGUGAAGUGACGGAUACCGAAGAAUCGUGGAUAUGUUCGUUAUUGGCAGUGGGUGCGAUAUUGGGUGCAGUACCAGCGGGCAAAGUGGCGGAUAUGAUUGGCCGAAAGUCGGCGAUAAUAGUGACAUCAGUGCCGUUUUUAAUAUCUUGGCUGAUGUUGAUAUUUCUACGGGACUUGACGAGCGUUUACGUGGCUCGUUUUAUCGGUGGGAUCGGUGCGGGUGCAGCGUGCGUUACGGUGCCGGUUUACAUCGGGGAAAUAGCCGAGGCUUCGAUACGCGGUGCUCUGGGCUCAUUUUUCCCGCUGCUCUUUUCCCUCGGCAUUGUAUUCGUUUACGUUGCCGGUGCGUACGCGAGUUACACGUUGUUCAACGUCACCUGCUCUCUCGCCUUGUUACCAUUCUUCGCGUUCGUUUAUCUCCUGCCAGAAUCCCCGAUGUGGCUGGUCCACCGAAACCUCAUGAAACGCGCCGCAAAGUCGUUGGGAAGACUCCGCGGGAAGGAUUACGACGUCAAAACGGAGAUCGGCACGCUGCGAGUCGAGGCCGACAGGCUGGAGAAUCGUCGAGGCGGAUUAAGGGACUUGGUGGGUACGAGGGCCGGCAGAAAGGCGCUUGUAACCUGCGUCGGUCUCAUGUGGUUCCAACAAAUGUCCGGUAUCGACGCCGUUCUCUUCUACACCGUGAGCAUAUUCCAGGACGCCGGCAGUACGAUCGAGCCCUACAUCGCGACGAUCAUCAUCGGUAUCGUCGAGGUUGUAAUGUCGAUCGUCGUCGCUGCGGUGAUCGACCGAUUCGGGAGAAAACCGUUGCUCAUACUCUCCGGCAGCGCAAUGACUCUCUGCCUGGGAGUUUUGGGCUACUAUUUCCAUCUGAAGGCCAGUGGAAACGACGUUUCCUCGAUCGGCUGGCUGCCCUUGACCUGCUUAUCGAUGUUCAACGUCGUUUUCAGCCUCGGCUACGGCUCCGUCCCCUUCGCUGUUAUCAGCGAGCUCUUUCCACCGGAAACGAAAGGUGUCGCGAGCAGUAUUUCAAUCAUGACCAACUGGAGCUUGGUCUUUACGGUGACGAAAAUUUUCCCGACGAUGGUCGAAUACCUGGGCCAAGCUGCGACCUUCUGGACAUUCGCCUCUAUGACCGCCAUGUCCGCCGUUUUCCCGUGCCUACUCGUCCCCGAAACCAAGGGAAAAACUCUUCAAGAGAUUCAAACGAAGCUCGAAAUUCGAAAAGGAAACGCCAAACUGUCCACCGUCAACGAUAAACAACCCGCCUCCUGCGCUUGACGAACCCUCGUCUCCCUUCCCUUUUCACAGACUGAUUCGAGACUCGACCUCGAGAUUCCUCCAACUUUUGUUCCGAAUUCUUGUUGAUCGUUUUUUUGUCUAGUUUAUUACCAUGUAUUACGUAUUUUAAUAGACUAUUAUUUGUAUUAUUGUUGUCUGUUUCAUUGUUUCAACCCGAAUUUUUCCUGACGGGUCGAAUUCUCGAACGGAAAACUUAUUGUGUUUACGAUCAUUUUUAUUUCCUUCGCUCUUACGAUAUUUGACGAGGCUAACGGUGUUGAAGCUUGCAUUGUCGAGAUGUAUUAUAUUCCAUCGGUUUCCCGAUCCCAGUAUUGUCAAUUGUCGGCUUUCAGUUUGUACCGAACUUAUCUUCGGGUUUAAAUCCUUAGAAUCAAAUGUUUUGAGUUCGAGGUUAAAGAAGUUUAUCUGGUAAUCGAAUUAACAAAGAAAUUUCGAUUUAAAAAUUUGAAUACACAGUAAUGAACAGCAGAAAAAAAUGUCAAAAUUUUGAGGCCCGAGGAUACUUUGAUCGCGAAAAAAUAAUUAAAACGGGUUCUCCAAAUGAACACGGUCUCUUACGAGUUUCAGUGGAUUCCCGUCUGUAUACAUGAAAUUUGCAGGCAUUGACAAACAGUUUUUGCAGAAACUUCCAUGAGUGAUAGAAAAAUAUCUGAAGAAUAUGUUUACAACUUCGUAAAAUCCACUCAAUACUUAUAAAGUUCGCAAUUAAUGAUUUUUUCUCGAAAAAUGGUAACUAUUGGGAGGUUAACACAUAUGUUACGUUCACAAUGGCGUCGUUGCAACCGCGCGCUUUUUAAAACCGGAGACUACGUUUUCCGAUCCACGCAACUCACACUAGGGACUUCCAAUAAAAUAUGAAGGACUGGUGAGAAAAUAUUGGUGUAAUUAAUGAAAACUUGUUUUUUUUUUAACGUUUCUGGCAUGUUUUAAUUAUGCCAAACGUUUGUAGACUGAUUAUGACAUGAACGCGUUGCCAGAUGAACUUCCUCAAGAUUUGCAGAGUCGUAUUUGAGCGAGCAAAUCGUUUUACUUUCAACUAUGCAAUAUUUCUUUUACUAUUCCCAACGAUAUUCUGUUAUUUCAUAAUGACGAAGGAAAUAUAGUAUAAGAAAGUGUUGUGGAGUAAUAUUUGUACGAAUCAAAGUGCCUUGCCAAAUGUUGGCGCUUUUGGGGAACUCUUGUCACCAUAAAACACCAACAGUUUUUUUCUUUUUUGAAACGAUGUGGAAUUUGAUUUCCCUCGAACAAAUUAAAGUUUCAUUAGCUAGACUCGAAUAUUUUGACACUAAUUAGUGGAAGGUGAGAAUCCUGCACGAGUUGGAAAUCGUUAUGCUUUUGUCACUUAUCCAUGUAAGAUUCCUGUCAACGACAAAACAAGGAAAAAUAUCAUUUUUCGUUGGCCGAGGUUAGCUGAUUGUUAUCCCGUUGAUAAGGCAUGGAACCGUUAAAAGUUAAUUGUAAAAAGCGGUUUGUGGCCUGGAACUUUAUGUCAAAUGGGUGUGAGAUUUUCAGCGGUGAGAAGCGAGUAAAAAAAGCGAUGAAAUUUCACGAUGGAACCGAAUGGAAUGAACUCUGUUUGUUAUUGUAUUGUAAAUUGUAAGAAAGAAGCUCCGCGAGCCGGAAAUUCCUGUGUAAAAUAUGCGUUAUUCGCUGUAGCACAUGUAACAGUGGAAUAAAAGUGAAUAAAGUAAGAAGAAUAAAAGGAA